CUUUUUGCGCGGUUAGUAAAUGAUUUUCUCUUUUCCGUCACAGUCAGCAACAGGAGAACGCCGCCUGGACGCCCGCCCGAGGUCGAACGCAAACAGGCAACGCAGCGGCAAGCUGGCUGCGCCCGGAUAACUGGAUACAGUAACAUAACCACGGCACUGGACAAAAAUAACGUUGGGUCUCCUAGUGCUGCAACGCAACAAACUCUUGUUUAUUCACUGCGCAAUUCUCAUGGCGUAAGAUCGGGGUUUCUUUCGGCUUUUUGUGAUUCAUGGCGAAAUACAAAAACGCCUCCGAAUAUACAGAUACAACACUCUGGCCAAACUGGGUACUGCAAGUACGAAUAUCUCGACAACUAACCUUCGGAUAGUUAUCAGAGAUCCGGAAUAUUCGCUGCCACACUGCCAAGCUUCCACGUUGUAUCCCACAUCUCACCUUGGCACGGCUGGUGAGAUGGAGGCCCCUCUAUCUACCAGCUCUCCCGGACCCUCCGUCACAACCCUCAAUCAUACUCGUCCGCUUUCCGCGAUAGACAUCUACCCCAAAUCGCAUACGUCCAAGGCACAAUCGGUGUCUACGAAUUUUUCGGCGAGAUCCUCGCACCAGGAAUACCUCGAUAGUCUGGAAUUGCCGUCGCAUGAGAUGGUGGAGAAGAUUAGUAAGGUCCAGGAACACAAGGAGGAGGAGGUGCUGAAGAAGAACUUGAAGGCUGAGCAGCCGGAGCUUAGUGAGGAUGAGAGGACGCGGGCGGCUGGUCUUAUUCAGAGGAAUUAUAGGGGACAUAGGGAACGGAGGAUGUUGAAUGGGAUGAGUUUGGAUCCGAGUAGUCGCUGGGUGGAGGCGGUUAAGGAGGCAAGGUAUAGAAAUCUUGUGCAGCCCAGAGCGAGAGGGGAUACGAUUGCUUCGCAGGUGAACAAUGAGAGUUCCGGGUUGGGACAGCUGGGGGAGGGGACCGAUGAGGCGGCGCAGAGGCAUAGGAGGAUGAGUAGUGCUAGGCAUAAUUGGAUGAAGAUUGGGAGAAUUGCUCGGCGGGCGGGAGGUGACGAGGAUUCUGGGUCUGAAGAAAGCUCUGAUGAGGAAGAUUUGCCUGAACAUGAACGAGAAGCUCGGAGGAAACGAAGACUUGAGCAGAAGCAUGAACGACAGAAGGCUGCGAAGGUUAUGGAUCUGCAGUAUUUCCUCGAGAUGGUGGAUUUGAAACAUCGAUAUGGGAGUAAUCUAAGGACUUACCACGAAGAAUGGAAAAAAUCCGACACAACCGAGAAUUUCUUUUACUGGCUCGACUAUGGCGAGGGGAAAUUGAUUGAUAUCCAAGCUUGUCCGAGGGAAAGAUUGGAAAAGGAGCAAGUACGGUAUCUGUCCAAAGAAGAGCGAUUGCAUUACCUCGUUAAAAUCAAUAAAGAUGGAAGAUUGUGUUGGGCAAAAAACGGUGCUCUGAUAGACACGACGGAAAAGUAUAAAGACAGCAUCCAUGGCAUUGUUCACGACACAGAUGAUACACCGGCUUAUGCGCCAUUAGCAGGAGAAGCAGUACAUCACUUACAUCACUCGGCACAUUCCACGCCUCGCUUCGAUUCUCAUACAUCCACAUCUAGCUCCUCCCAAUCUUCUGAUAAUGCAUCUUCUCGCGCAACGAAAUACGCCAAUCCGGAAUUCAAUAAUGCCAAAGGUGUCAAGAAAAUCAGGCAUGUCUCUGCCGCUACAAUCUUCAACAAGUUGCUACGGGGAAGUGUGAAAAAGAAUACAUGGAUUUUUGUGGCGGACACGAGUUUUCGACUCUAUGUGGGCAUUAAACAAAGUGGCGCUUUCCAGCAUUCGAGUUUCUUGCAUGGGAGUCGGAUUUCUGCUGCUGGCUUGAUCAAAAUCAAGAAUGGCAGGUUGAGCAAAUUGAGUCCCCUGAGUGGGCAUUACAGACCACCAGGUUUGUUUUCCCUUCGCCUAAUUUUCCCCUGAAUAUUUCGCUAACACCACCUAGUCUCCAAUUUCCGCGCCUUCGUACACUCCCUUAAGGAUGCCAACGUAGACAUGUCCCACGUCUCCAUUUCGCGCUCCUACGCCGUUCUAGUUGGUCUAGAAGCCUACGUCAAAACUCGACGACGUGGCAAGAAAUUGUUGCAGAAGAUCGUGCAUCAUAAGGAUAAAAUGCUUUCUCCGGAGGGAGUGGCUAAGCGAGAAGAGCUAGAACGGGAUAAAAGUCAGAGCGCAGCGAGGGAGAAGGAGCAUCUGGCAAGGAUUCAAAGAGAAGAGGAAGAGAGUGGAGAGAGUAGAGUUGAUCGCAGACUAAUGGUUAAGCUGGGUGUGAGACCGAGGAGUUCGGGAAGUCAUCCUAGUAGUCCUCGAAGUCCUAGAUCUGAGGUUGGAUCGGGACCGGGGAGUAGAGAUGGGAAGAGUGGUGGUAGCAGCGGGGAUGGAGGGAGGAUUGAUGGGGUGCUUGCUGUGGAUGAUGUGGAUGGGAAGGGGAAAGAUAGGGAAACCCAUCCAAUCAUUCAGGGUUCUCAUCCUACUCUUCAGACUGGCGAUGAGUUUGAGAAAGGCAAAGGGAAAGGGAAGGAGCCUUUACCCGAUCCUGAUAUUCAGGCUCCUGGCCCUGGACCGGAGAACGCUAUUGCACCCGAGGGGACGAGAGAUACUUAGGUUUUCUCGAGGUGUUUGAUUAAAAGAAGGGGGGGUUAUUGUUGAUAUUUUUCUCACUCUUCUUUUUUUUUGUUGGUCGAUUUUUUUUUCCCUUUUUCUUUUUAGCGAGAUACCCCGAGAACGAUGAUGAAAGCGAUGCGCGAUGCGUUUUUGGUAUAUAUCUCUGGGCUUGGUUUUGCAUUGGUUACGGGGUAUGAGUGAUGAUAAGGGAUUGGGAUUGGGAUUAUGAUUCAAGUCGGAGGAGUCCUUUGGUAUAUAAAGAUAGGAUAGGAUAGGAUAUGAUAGGAUAAGAAUUGGUCUAAGGUUUUUCUAUACAUUUUCUGUUCCCGUUCCUUGUUCUUUGAAAUAGAGUAGAUGGUAUUGUG